CCGGCGAAUAUCUCCCCAACCGUCGCCACCAGAUGGCAGCCUCACCGGCACCACCGCCUCCGUCGCUGCCGUACACAAACAAACCCCUAAUUAAAACCGCUACUGCAUUAUUUCACUCCUCUUUCCACCGUCAACGGUUUCUGAGCCGCAAUAGGGCUCGCAUUCAAUGUGAACAAAGCGGAUUUGAGAACGGAUCUCAUCACCAUCACCAACAGCAACAGCAACUACAGUGGACUGUUGAUUGUGUUGCCGGAAGUGAUCCAAUUCACAUUAUCCUUAAGCCUCCUGCUGCUACAGCAUCUCCGAUGCCGAUGAAUUCCGGAUUGAAAAGUUCUAAGAAGGUUUGCCUCUUUUAUGCCGCUGAAAUGGAGGCGCUUGCGAAGAGAAUUGCGGCUCAAUCCGAUGCAAUUGAGCUUCGUAGUAUAAAUUGGAGGAAAUUUGAAGAUGGAUUUCCAAACUUGUCCAUACCUAAUGCGCAUGGAAUCCGAGGAGAGCAUGUAGCUUUCCUAGCAUCAUUUAGUUCUCCUGGAGUUAUCUUUGAGCAACUAUCAAUUAGUUAUGCAUUGCCAAAGCUGUUCAUUUCCUCCUUCACUUUAGUUCUUCCUUUCUUUCCUACCGGCACUUCUGAGCGCAUGGAGGAUGAAGGAGAUAUUGCAACGGCUUUCACUCUUGCUAGAUUCUUGUCAAACAUUCCAAUAUCGAGGGGAGGACCUACUAGCGUGGUAAUAUAUGAUAUCCAUGCCUUGCAGGAAAGAUUCUACUUUGAUGAUAAUGUAUUACCAUGCUUUGAGAGUGGGAUUCCUUUGCUUAAAAGUAGACUUCAACAGCUACCGGACUCUGACAAUAUAUCCAUUGCUUUUCCAGACGACGGUGCUUGGAAACGGUUUCACAAGCAGCUGCAGCACUUCCCAGUGAUUAUUUGUGCAAAAGUUAGAGAAGGUGACCAACGAAUUGUACGCAUUAAAGAGGGAGACCCUAAAGGACGUCAUGUUGUGAUAGUUGAUGAUCUUGUUCAGUCAGGUGGAACCCUGAUUGAAUGCCAGAAAGUGUUGGCAAAACAUGGAGCGAAAAAAGUUAGCGCAUAUGUGACUCAUGGUGUUUUUCCUAAAAGGUCCUGGGAGCGGUUCACACAUGAUACCGGAGGACACCCGGAUAGCGGAUUGACAUUCUUUUGGAUUACGGAUUCGUGUCCUUUGACAGUGAAGGAAGUGAAGAAUAAAGCUCCAUUUGAAGUCCUGAGCCUUGCUAGUUCAAUAGCAGCCACCCUGCAAAUAUAAAGAUAUUAGUUUUUUUGUCCGUUGUUCUUCUCUCUUUCCAAUUAUAGAGAGAUUUGGUUCCAAAAAGAGUCCCCAAAUAUUAACAUCAUUAAUUGUUGUUUAGGUUAAUAAAGGCAGACUUCUCUGACC